GGGUUGUCGCUCUUAAACCCUCGGUUUUGGAAACGACUGAUGCAUCUUGUCAUCACCCUGUAUCAUUCCAGCGGAAUUUUAUCCUACCACAAAACAAGAAAACCCGGCUAAUGGCAUUCAGGAGGGCCCUGAAACGAACGGUGAUCAUAGGUGGCGGGACAGUCGGCACAUUGUUUGGCCUGUUGCAGCUAAACGAGUACAGGAAGAAGCAUCAUGGAUUGGCUCGGUUGUCCUACGUGGCAGCAGAAGCAGAGCUCAAGGUCCCAUUUGUGGAUGAGCUUCCCUCCCGGCAAGACCAGCUCACUGCGCUGAGAAACACUAAGGAGUUUGAUGUUCUGGUUGUUGGAGGAGGGGCCACGGGUGCGGGAUGUGCCUUAGACGCUGUCACACGCAACCUUAAGACUGCUCUUGUAGAAAGAAGCGAUUUUUCCUCUGGGACAAGCAGCCGGAGCACCAAGCUAAUCCACGGUGGAGUCCGCUAUCUUCAGAAGGCCAUCAUGCAGUUAGACUAUGAACAGUACAUGAUGGUGAAAGAAGCCCUCCACGAGCGAGCCAACCUACUGGAGAUUGCACCUCAUCUAUCUGCACCAUUACCCAUCAUGCUUCCUGUAUACAAAUGGUGGCAGUUGCCUUACUACUGGGCAGGGAUCAAGAUGUAUGACCUGGUGGCUGGGAUCCAGUGCCUGAAGAGCAGCUACGUCCUGAGUAAGACGAAGGCCUUGGAGCUGUUCCCUAUGCUGAAGAAGGACAAGCUGGUGGGAGCCAUCGUCUACUAUGAUGGGCAGCACAAUGAUGCCCGUAUGAACCUGGCCAUCGCCCUUACUGCUGCGCGCUACGGUGCUACCGUCGCCAACUACACGGAGGUGGUUCAUCUGCUGAAGACGAAGGACCCACAGUCUGGCAAGGAGAAGGUGUGUGGUGCUCACUGCAGGGACGUGAUCACAGGACAGGAAUUUGAUGUCAAAGCUAAGUGUGUGAUCAACGCCACUGGACCAUUCACGGACUCGCUGAGGAAGAUGGACAACGAGAAGACCAAGAAUAUCUGCCAGCCCAGCGCUGGGGUUCACAUCGUCAUCCCUGGUUACUACAGUCCUGACAACAUGGGUCUGCUUGAUCCAGCCACAAGCGAUGGGCGUGUCAUCUUCUUCCUGCCCUGGGAGAAGAUGACCAUUGCAGGAACAACCGACACGCCCACCAGCGUGACGGCCCACCCAGUCCCAGGGGAGGAUGACAUUAACUUCAUUCUGACUGAGGUCCGCAACUACCUUAGCCCUGACGUAGAAGUGCGUCGAGGAGAUGUGUUGGCAGCAUGGAGUGGCAUCCGUCCUCUGGUGACCGACCCCAACUCCAAAGACACUCAGUCCAUCUGCAGAAACCACAUUGUCAGCAUCAGUGACAGCGGACUGGUCACCAUUGCUGGCGGGAAGUGGACUACCUACAGGUCAAUGGCCGAAGAAACCCUGAAUGCUGCUGUCAAAGCUCAUGGCCUCUCAGCCAAGCCUUGCAAGACUGUUGGUCUGAUGCUGGAGGGAGCCAAGGGCUGGACCCCGACACUCUACAUCCGCCUGGUGCAGGACUAUGGACUGGAGAAGGAGGUCGCCCAGCACCUGGCCUCGACUUACGGUGGAAAGGCGUUUGAUGUGGCAAAGAUGGCUCAGGUCACUGGGCAAAGAUGGCCGAUCGUGGGGAAGAGAUUGGUGUCUGAGUUUCCUUACAUUGAGAGUGAGGUCCUAUAUGCGAUUAAGGAGUAUGCCUGCACAGCCAUCGACGUCAUCGCCUGCCGAACACGCUUGGGAUUCUUGAACGUGCAGGCAGCUGACGAAGCCCUCCCUCGCAUUGUCCAGAUCAUGGGAAAAGAGCUGGGCUGGAGUCAGGAGAAGAAAACAGCGGAGCUCGAAGCAGCUAAGAAGUUUUUGUACUAUGAGAUGGGCUACAGGUCUCGUUCUGAGCAACUGACCAAGACGUCAGAGAUCAACCUGGAGUACCAGGAAGUAGUGCGGUACAAAAAGCGCUUCCAUAUGUUCGACAAAGAGAGCAAAGGAUUCAUCACCACUGUCGACGUCCAGCAAGUUUUGGAAAGCAUCAAUGUCCACAUUGAUGAAAAUGCUCUCCAUGAAAUCCUAAAUGAGGUGGACCUCAACAAGAACGGACAAGUUGAAAUUGAUGAAUUUCUGCAGCUUAUGAGCGCCGUGAAGAAGGGACAAGUGUCGAGCAGCCGCCUGGCCAUCCUGAUGCAAGCGGCGGAGGAAACUCUGGAUAAGAGAGGGCCGGUGACGGUGGACCGGAGCGGGGGUGGAGUCUGAGCUGGAGAAAACCUUGAGCUGCUGCUCCUUUUUAAUGGUGGUAAUGACAAAAACAACUCAGAAUGAAAGGGUCUCAUGCAAAUGGCGCUAUUUGAAUGAUAAUAUUGCAAUCAAGCACACGGCAGGGUGAAUUUGGUCAAAUCAGGUGUCGACAAGCAACACUCCUGAGUGUGUUUUGGGUGAAACCGUAUCUAAUGAUUGAGGCUGAGAUUGUUUUUCAUGAAGUCAGAGAGUCUGUCUGUGCUGACUGAUUGUGUCCUCGACUGACUGUUCCUCUAUAGCCAGCACCUCUGACAUUACACAGUACACAGUGUAUCUGUUUUAUACUGUCUUUGAAACAAGCUCCUCUACAGUGCUGCUUUUUAAAAUGUCUUUAUCCUCCCAGAAGUAGUCUGACACUCGGGAGAAUACUGAAUACACUUCAAAGUAACGUGGUAUGUGAACUUGUAUAUUAAAAAUGCAUUAAUCACAAAUUGCAAAUGUUGUACAACACGCUACAGAAGUGUUAUGGGAGAUGGACCCGACAGCAGAUCAGCUCAACGUGAAAGAAUGUGAGCUAGACGAAACUUACAAUUAAGAAAUAAUGUACCCCUUUAAAUCCUCUCCUCAUUUCAUUGUGUUUAUGAUCUUAGCGUGUUACAAGCACUGGUCACAUACUGAACGGCUCUUACACUGAAGCACUUGUACGCCUGCUGCCUAGAGGAGUAUUUUAGUGUGGGAGGAAUCCCAUGUCUUUCUGUCUACAAACUGCUGUGACUGAUACCGAGGUGUAUGUGAGAUGGUUUCCAGCUUUAGUGUUAAUUAGAUUUUAUUCCUUUUUCUUCAUGUCAUUGCAUCCAUUUGUAACCAUAAACACAGAUGUUACUGUGAUUAUAAAUUCACUGCAAUUCACUACAGGAAUUGAACGGUAGUUAUUUUUCUAUUAGUGGAAUCACACACUGCAUCUUAACUCAGUUCUCUAAAUCAUGUAAAGCAAAAUCUUUAUUUUUACAGUGUGUGGAGUGAAGUUUAUUCUUUAAUUUCAUUACCUGUUGUAUUAACACACGGCCAGUCUGUCUGUGCAGCAUAAAUCAUGCUGCAUGCUGUUAGCAGAUGCUUUUAUUUUUUAUAUGGCAAAAAUAAGACUUUUGUAAUCCAACAUGGACAUUUCAUCAUGUGGAUGGAAAGGCAGUGCACUGUAGGAAUGUAUGAUAUUAUAUGUGCCUUGAUAUGACACUGCCCCAUUUACGCUCUUUUUCACAAUGCUAUACUAUAUUGUCCUUCCUCCACCAUGGCACCACCUCAUCCCAUCUCAGACUGUGUGCAGACUGUGCCCUCAUUGCCUCUACAUGCACAUUAUGAUUUACAAUCAUUACUCGUUGUUGGGCUUUGUUUAUUCUUUAUUAUUAUUUGUCAUCACUGUAAUCAUUAAAUGUGUGUAUCAGUUUGAGGUCACACGGGGUCUCAACGACAAUUGCUCCAAACUGCUCACAUCAAAAACAGCUCAUCAUGUUUAAACGUUGUCUUUGGAUGAAAUUAAAACUUCAUCCAGGCUCAAAGAGAAUCAGGUUCCUCCUCAUUUUUCCCUUCCACCAAAACUGUACAAAUACUGUGUGUCAGUCUUCAGGUAAAGAGAAAACACAAAGCAGUUAUCUAUUUAAAUGUAUCUGGUUGCUUGCAAUGCUUUUUGGCAUUUUUGUUUCUGGUGAACAUCAUUCAUAAGUGGCGUCGCUACAGCAGAGACACGUGACAGCCUGUGAACAUGGGCAUGUUUAACAAAGCAACAGUUCCUUCUUUAUUUUUCACCACCAUGUACAUUUAGUAGCUGUUCUUGUGCUUUCAGUCGUCAGCAGAUUGAAUUCGUUUCCCUUUUUUCUGAGCAAUUUAAGGACUUUGCAUCCAUGUUGACUUAUGAAGUCCUUGAACAUCUGCAAUGGACCUUUUGUUAAGACAGUUUUCUUACAUAAACCUGACUUUUACCUCUAUUCCAGCCUAAUCUGAAUCUAAUGUACACCUCACUAUUGACCUCUAUUGAUGUUAAAAAGCAACAACAGCUGCUGCCAUAUCCAGGUAGCCUGUGGAUAUUUUUAACUAAGCCUGUUCAAAUGACAUCUUACCUUUCUGUCUGUAAUUGUAAAUCAUGGGGUUAGAUUACAUUUGGUCAGAAUAUCCUCAUCGGUUCUCACAAGGAUAGGAGUACAUGACCACACACACUAAACUUCACCCAGUGGGCUCCCUGCAAACUGCCUGAACGACAGCCUUUUCUCCCAAAAGGUCACAGUGAGAUUUGAAUGACAGCUUUAUGUCCUGCGCUCAUAUCUGCAGUAGCUGCCUUCCUGGGAAAGGCUGGGAGUGCAGGGAAGCAAUUAAUUGUAAUGAAUAAUGGGACAAAUCUGGGUGGCACAUGACCGUUAAUGCUCCCCCCCUCCCCGGAGGAUUAGGACAGCGAUACUCCCCACACCGAGGUGUCAGCCUGCACACUAAUUGAAAAUUGUGAGGAUAAUGGUAGGUGGUGUCAGCGACCGCCCUCUUCCAUUUCUUCUUGGUUGAAAGGUGUUUUCUGAUCUAAAUGCUUUAAAUUUGUCCACUUUGUUUUUCAGUACUUGUUAGGCUCCUAAUGACCUGUAUUAUGCUUUAAACAGCAGCAUAGGCAGGGUUUUAGAAAAGGUCUUGCCUUAUAUUGGUGUAUUUUCUAUGAUAAUAGUACCACAGGAUGGAAAUAUGUUAGCCUUCGUAAAAUCAAUGUACAAGCUAAUAAAUGGACCUUGUGCUAGGACUGAUUCCUUGACUGCUGUUCUCACAAAUAGACGUUUGAACCUCAACAUAAAAAACACUUUUAGAUUCUUUAUUAAAGACCUCAUGCUGUGUUUGUGUCUUUUAACAAAGAGGACUGUUCUUUACCACUUAUAUUUGGUUUUAGCACGUAUGUUUCACCUUCACCAGUCUGACUUCUUCCUACUCCAUUCAAGCAUGUACUAGG